AUGCUGUCUACAUUCUCAAAACUUUUACCAACAAACGUAUCCAUCACGACCCCAGACUUUCUCAAGCUCAAUGCGCCAACGCCGAGCAGACAUGAAGCCCAGCAGUCUGCUCACUCGCAGCCAAUGAAACGCGAAGCAGAUUCACAGACGAGCACCACUACGGACGGCGCUGCAGAGCUCGAGGUCUCUCCAAGCAAGAAUAAGGACCGUCCGUCCAAAAUCAAGAAGCGGCGAGACACUGCGACAGCAACAGAGACGUUUAUCAUUGUACGACCUCCUCCAUCCAUGUCAAACCAUCCGCUCAACCUACAAGUCCAACUCGUCGCCAGUUCCGGUCGAGAACGCAUCCUGACCCGCUCGGCGAACAGCUCUAGAGAAACGUUUAACGACGUCGGGGAACAGCCUGCCUCUCAGGGCGACGGAUUAAAGAGAACAUCCUCGUUACGUUCCAAUCGCAGCGAUACGGAAUCAACCUACUCGGCCUCGUCCUUGGCCUCUGGCGCGAGUGGCAGUGGUUCGUCUAGUGGGAGACGUAUGAUCCCACUCUACAAUCUCCACGCUCACAAUGUCAUGACAAACGUCAUCACCGAUGCCGGGACCGAUGCAAAGAUUGCCAAAUUUUUCAAGCGCGGGUUGGAGAUUAUGGGCCUCGCCAUGCUCGAGCCCGUAGAAGUCUAUGGCAAAUACAAUUGGAACGACAGUUUCGAUACACUUGAACCCCAUGGCGUGCAUUCGACGAGUGGUUCUGGAUUCGGUAACCAAGUCUCGAGAACCAUUUCGCAGAUCUCUUCCAUUUCUAUGCCGCGUGGUGUCGACGGACACGCGACGACAGAAACGUAUCAUGAUCUCCCGACGGUCGUAGAAGUCCCAUCGUCUCCGACGACGCCCAAGCCCGUGGAAAAGGAAAGCAGCUCCAAAAAGCUGUUUGCCAACAUUUUCAAGAAGAAAAAGGAUCCACCGGCACCUCUCGCACUUAACCCAACUCCAGAGUCGACACCCACGUCUGCCAAGCGCAAAUCCGCCACCCCUUCUUUCAUGAUCUCUUCACCGAAAUUUGGAUCCGCCUCGACGCCGACUACAGCAAGCAUUCUCACCUCUCCGACGGGCAACUUGCUCAUCCCAAGCUCGUCAAGUGGUGGACCAAACAGCGCCUCAGGUCCAGGAGAAGGCGUUAUUCUCCAACCUCAAGUCCUGGGACUCCAAGCCGUUCUCUGCUCACCGACCGGGACAGUCCCAACAAAGGGACGACCGAGCACGUAUGCCUGGGUCGUACGUAAAUGGAUCAAGGGCAGCGACGAAGGUUUGAUCGGGGCCAUGGUCGAUUCGCUUGGUACCGCUCUUACGGGCUCUGGAUGGGGGAACCAACCCGCUGGAUCCGGAGGAAUGGGUGGGGCAGACGUCGAAGUGCGCUUUGAAUGGCGACGGGGUUCCAAAUCCAAGUCGUCUGGUUCUGCAGAAGGCGGUGAGCGGCGGAAACGGAAUGCGACGGGGAGCACUAUUGGUGCCGAGGACAAGGGGAGCAGGCGGCAUUCGAUUGCAUUUGACGUACCUUCUUCGAGUGGGAAUUCUCGCGUUCCCUCCGAGUCGGGGACGCAUGCUUCGAAUGGAGUUGGGGUUCCUCUCCCGGGUGGUGGUGCUGCGUCCAAGAGGCUGUCGUUGCAGGUCGCGACUGGGGCGAAUAAGCGGGGGACUAUGACUGCUGAAGUCAAUGGGGACUCCCUACAAAUACGUGCCGGGUCCCCGAAUCCUCCAGCGAGCAUUCAGACGAGUACGACGGAUGAAAACGGCCCACGAAAUGGUGGUGCGGUCCCCGAAGACGAAGACAGCGAUAGCGAUAUCGAAGAUAGCGAACGCCCGUGGAAUUGUUAUCUCCACAUUCGUGGAUCAGCGCGCUUUGCGCAUGCGCAUUCGACGUCGGGGUCGAGGACGGCGAGUAGACGAGGCUCGAGGGAUGAAUUGGGACAUCCAGAUGAAGAUGGACACCCUAGGGAGAAGAUGCUGGAUAUCAAGCUCCGCGUCGCGUGCAUGGCGCCCGCGCCCCAUCAUCCCAAAGUUAUUGCCCAGAUCAAGACACCGUAUCCGCUCCCAGACGUCGUGUUUGAUCCGGCUGGGUCGGGUGUAGAGACGUCGAGUGUGCAUGAGCUGCCGUCGAUGGCGCCAGCUGCCUUGCUCCGUCCGCGUGAUGCCGAUGGUAGCAAGUCGGAAUUGGACGUGAAUCGUGCUGGGACGAUUACGGGACUCGUGCUCAGUGCCGAGGAAAUUAAAGAUGUCGUCAGCUGCACGGGUCUGUGGCUCGUCGUGCGUGAAGGGUACGGCGGGCUCGCCAGGAAGCGUAAAGGGAUGGAUGGCGGUUGCGUGGGUGAAUUCACGAUUAGCGCUAUACAUGACCCCAUCUCGGCUCUGCUUUCAUUGCAUACCACGGUUAUUUAUGCGCUCGUAUUCUUGGUUUGGCUGUAG